AUGGCACCCGCAGCAUCCUCCGGCGGCAAGAAGCAGAAGAAGAAGUGGUCCAAGGGCAAAGUCAAGGACAAGGCCAACCACGCCGUUGUUCUUGAUAAGGCCACUUCCGAGAAGCUCUACAAGGAUGUGCAGUCCUACCGUCUCAUCACUGUCGCCACGCUCGUUGAUAGGUUGAAGAUCAACGGCAGUUUGGCACGCAAGGCCCUCAGCGACCUGGAGGAGAAGGGACAGAUUAAGAAGGUCGUCGGACACUCGAAGAUGAACAUCUACAGUUCUAACAAAUUCGUGUGUUGCAAUGUAGCCCGCGCUGUUACAGCUGCAGAGUAA